GAAAAUUGGGAGGAAGGGAAAGGGAAAAGGAAAUAGGAAAAAUGAGAAAUUAGGGGAGGAAGGAAGAAGAAAAAAGGUCAAAGAGAUAAUUGGGGGAGAAAAGGAAAGAAAAAGGAAAAGAGAGAAUUGGGGGGAAGGAAAGAAAUAGAGAAAAAUAAAUGGGGAAAAAAAGAAGGAAGAAAGAAAAAUGAGGUGGAAGAAAAAAGGUCAAAGAGAUAUGGGGGAAGGAAAAAAAGAAGGGAAAAAAUGAAACAGGAGAAAAAGAAGAAAAAAGGUCAAAGAUAAAUGGAGGAGAAUGAAUGAGGGAAAAAAGAGAAGGAAGCGUGGAAGAACCGAGGGCUGGAAAAGGAGCUGAGGAACCCUGAGCACCAUUUCAACAGCAGCUCUGCACGUCUCUGCUGUUCUCUGGACUAAUUAGGGUAACAAGGUGGAGUUUAUGGGAUUGGCAGCAGGAUGGCAGCCACCACGGGCAGCAGCAGCAGCCACCACCACCCUAUGGCCAAGCAGAGGCAGCAACGCAGCAGCCGCCACCGGCGCCACAGGCAGAGCUGCAGCAGCCUGGACACAGCCUGCCAGGCUCUGUCUGCACUGGGUUACUUUCAGACACUGCCAUUAGAGAUCUUUCAGAUGGUACUGAAUUACCUCUCAGUGAGAGACAUCAGCAUGCUGAGCAUGGUGUCCAAGAGCAUCAGCAGCCACCUGGUCAGUUACAUCUCAAGCUCCUCAGGAAACAAAAGGCUUCUGCUGCAAGACUUCCACAACCCUCAGCUGCCCAACAAGACAGAAGGAGCCUCCAUUGUGGAGCACUACAGAUCUCUAGGGCUGCUGCUGAAGCGCUGCACCCUUCUGCUGCCCACUAAGGACAGGCUGAAGUACAUACACAGGAUCCUCUCAGAGGUCUCCUGUUUUAAGCUCAAUGGCUGCCCAAGCCCCUUGCAGUGCUCAGGGCUGCAGUGCUAUGGAGUGUUCCUGCAGAUCCUGACAGCAGGCUGGGAUGAGCUGGAGUGCCACAGGGUCUUCAACUUCCUCUGUGAGCUGAGCAAUUUACCCAGGAAAGUCCAGACAGUUGUCAGCAGCAAACCAGGAAGUGCCAGGAAGCUGGAGGUGAGGGUCAGGCUGUACUGCAGGAGUGUCCUCUUGAACCACUGGGUGCACAGAAGUGACUCUGCCUUCUGGCUGACUCGGAUCCUCAAGCCAUGGCCUAUUGUCAACCAAGCUCGCCUGCUCUACAUCAUCUUCGGGCCUGUGUCCUCCCUCGAUGGCCAUGUGGUGUGGCAGCAAAUGAUCGAAGGGCCAACGGAUGAGAGCUGCCUGAAGGGGCUGGCAGAGGCCAUCAAGCUGCUGUACGACACAGAAGCCAGGGAGUGGACAGCAGAUGAUGUCAUCAGCCUGCUGGAUGAGCUCUCAGUGGUUCCCCGCGAGUGGCUGCUGGAGAACAGCGCUCGGCUGCUCAUCCUCAGUGGCAACAGCAUCUGCUUCACCUUCCUGGCCAGCAAGGCUGUCAAUGGCAGAGCCCUGGAGCUGGCCAGGCUGAUGGUCUUCCUCACCCUGGUGUGUGAGAAGGAUCUCUACUGCAUGGACUGGGCUGUCAAAAUGAUGCAGAAGAUCUGCAAAGUCUUUGCAACUCCAGGGGAGAGGAACAACUUCCUGCAGUGUGUGGAGAAUGCCUUUGCCCACAUGGCCAUGGACAUGCUGCAGGCAGUGCUGGCAGGAGGAGAUCGAGAUGCAGAGGACAGCAGCUUCUUCAACCUCUUCCACCUCAUGAAUGCUCAAGCAAGCUUCCACAAGGAGAUCCUCUACCUGACCAUGGGGGCUGCCACCACCACCUCCUGAGGCUUCACAGGCUGCUCCUGCUGCGCCUUUCAUCUUCAACCCCUUGCCAAGAAGCAGCCAAAUCCUUCUCAGCAUUCCCUCCUAGGGGCUGGGGUGGCAGCAGGAGGGGCUGGGGUG